AUGGAGAAAUUUAGAGGGGUUCAGGAGACUCUCAAUCGGAUCUAUUCAAACGCAGAGUAUUCAGGAUUGACUGCAUCAUCCGAGAAGGUUGGUACAUUUUACACAGCAGAUGAAGUUUUGGGCAAGUUGACACCGCAAACUUUACAAUCUGUGCAGAAAGCGAUUCAUGCUCUUGGGGACAGAGUGAAUCUGACAGAGUUUGUUCACAUCCUAGUGGCCUUCUUGCCAAGCAGAGACUGGAAAGAUCAAACGUCCAUGAUUACAAACCUCUGUGAGGUUUACGAUACCCUAGACAUUGAUGGAGACGGUGUUGUUACGUGGGAAGAAAUCUUUGAGUUCAAUCUCGAGAUGGGACGAUCGAGUCAAACCACUCACGAGAGGACAGCAGACGCAAACUUGACCUACCACAUCUCAGAGACUCGAGACAAGCGAGGGCAAGGCAGCCUUGCCGUGCAUAUGAACAUGAAAGACGGAGAAAUCGAGAGGCUUGAGACUUUAGAUGUGAUGGAUAAGAUUGUAGUGACGGAGAAAGAUUCAUCUGUCUUCAAGGUCUACGAUGUUGAAACGCUCACGUGGACUGACAGCCUCGUGGGCCACAAGGGAGCAGCUCUUCGUUGUCUCUACUUGAGUGGAACCGACUACAUUGUGACUUCGGCGUCAGACUCCUUGCUGAUAGUGUGGGGGGCCUACACGUUCACUCAGAGACAGGUGCUGCCUUGCAAUCAGGUCUUGUCUUCCCUCGCCUGGGACUCUUACAACUUCACCCUCUACGGAGGCUCCACAGACGGCAACGUCCUGCUCUUCCAGGUCCCUCGACGGAACGCUGAAGCUACCGGGAGCGAGGAGAUCGCGAUCUUGCAAACCGGAUUCUUCCGCGCCCACAUGGACGUUGUCACAGACCUGGUGGCGCUUCCUGACCUGGGACUGCUCGUCACAUCCUCCUUGGACUCGAUGAUUCUUGUUUGGGAUCUCAACACCCAUAAGCUGCGACAUACUCUAGACGGCCACCUCAAGGGCGUACACUCGCUUGCCUACAUCGCAUCUCAGCGCUACCUCAUCUCCACAAGCUAUGACAAAGUCUGCAAGGUCUGGAACCCACUCUUAGAGGAGCCGCUCUUCAACUUGUACGGUCACGUCGGCAUCAUCGUCGGUCUUCGAGUAGUUGUUGGCAGUGAAAAGAUCAUCACCAGCGACGUCGAGGGAUUCGUCAAGGUGUGGGAUACACGAAACUUCAUGUGCACUCAGACGAUUCAGAUCGAGCACAUAGCGCCGGGAACAGCGUUGUUCUGCCUCGAUCAUGAUCAUCCGACGAAGCCACAGCUGGCAGACGAGGAGCCAGUCGUUGCCGCCAUCUACUCCAUUGUCAACCACGCUAUCAUCACUGCCUCCGGUAGAAACGUCCGGAUCUGGAAUGCUUCCACCGGCCUCUUGUCAAAAACCUUUCGCGACGUCGCCACCGCAAGAAUCACCGCCAUGUGCCUCGGGAAUCGCGAGCGGCGAGUGAUCGCAGGCGACGAGCGAGGCUGCAUAGGAGUGUACAACGUGCUCAACGGAGGUCUGAUGAAGUUCUUGGAGCCGCAUGACGCAGACGUAUGCGCGCUCGCCUACUGUCACAAGUACAAGAGCAUCAUCUCUGCUUCUUGGGGAGGGCGAGUACGAGUCCAUCAUGACGCGUCUCCGCAUGAAACGAGAAGCUUGCGGCAGAUUGACUGUCACUCCACCGACAUCUCCUGCAUGGCCUACUCGUCCUACUUGAGCGUCAUUGCCACAUCUUCUACCGCUGGCAGCGUCAGGCUGUGGGACUUCCAAGACAUCAAACUGGCGGGAUCUCUCAACGCACACAAGUCAGAGAUCACGAUGCUGCAGUUCCUCGAGAGCUAUCGGCUUGUCAUCACGGGAGACUUUCACGGCAACGUGAUCUUGUGGACGGUGAAUUGA